AUGUCUAGUGCGAAGAUCAUUGAAAAUCCAGAAAUACCGGGUGAGUUUCUAUCCUAGGAAAGAAUUUUCCUCAUUGAUUCACGUUGUAGAGGCAUAUGCCCUAGUGAAUCUAGUGUAUCGAAAAUAUGCAAACUUGUGUGAAUCUCCCGAACAUAUCGAACAUUGAAAAUAUGUACCCAACAUUCGACACGUUGACGUUGAUAUAUUUAUAACAAAACAUUUUUUACGAAUAGAACAACUGUAGACACAUGCAUCAUACGCUGUAUAUAACGGGUUCUGUUACAAAUAACCGGAUGUGACUUUUGAUAUGUCUAUAUCGGUCAAUUAUCAAAACAAUUACUCAAAGCACACCCGUAUUGCACUCUACAUCGGACACGUGAAAUGGAAAGAUGAGUUAACUGUAGAAUACUUCUAUGCUCGCUGUCAAAAAAAUUUAGUAUUUCACUGUCGAAAUCAGCUGACACGGCUUAAAAUAUGAAAUAACAAUACACGUAUAUAUCAAUGCAACGGUGUGACACACUUCUGUCGUUUUUAUGUGGAAAUGCAAAAUUUAUGAAUGAAAUCGAGAUAUAUCGAUGAAUCGUAAUUAAUUAAAUGGCAAUACAAAUAUAAAUGCUAUGUCAAAUGUGGUAUCCGCAAUACACAUAUAAACAUUUGGUUUACCAUUUAAACGUAGCAUGAUAUGAUCGCUGAUACUUUAUGAACAUUUCGUUGGCCAUCACCAUCCACUUUUACUUCCUACGCGCGAUACUAGCUUUUUCGUCAAAUUUGUCCAAUAUAUUAUUCCCGUUAUCUCGAUGGUACAAAGUUAAUCGCCGGUACUAAAGCAAGUCGUCUGCAAGUACUUGGAAAAUAUAUCUCGCAUGUUGCAAAUAAAAAAUUGCCAAUAUUACGGGUUUUAUGUUCGCGGCCUUGUUCAAAAUUAGCAAAAUUAGUCACAGCCAAGCACGCGAUUAAAUCUGAUCUUCGAGCAAAUUACAUCGAUACGCAUCUCUUCUUCGAACUUUAUUACUUUUUAUUUUCGGUGGUAUUAUAUUCGCGCAUUUUUAUGCGUGCUUAAAAUCGUUCGGUCAUUUUAUUAACGCCAUAAAUCCAACGAUUAACGGAAGGUUCUCUUAGCAUUUUCGUUUUAUGUACCGUCCACAAAAAUUUUCGCCGUUGUUGAAAUAAAUUUUCCAUUUGUGUGUGUAAUACAGGACUAGAAUGUAUUCUGCCGCCACCUCCGCCACCUCCGCCUCCAGUUACAACGUCGAAAAGCAACAACCUACCAAUUACGACGGAGCAACAACAACCUGUAGCAACAAAAGCAACAACGACCGAUUUAUCGACCAGCGAAACAGCGGGAAAUUUAACGACCAUUCAAACAACGGCCCCAUCGUUUCCAAACAUUACCGUGCCAACACCGUAUAUCAUGCAUCCAGCGAUGCAGCCACAAACACCUGGACAACCAGCUACUCCCUGGUGGAUACCUACAGACGCCGACACGUCGGACCUUUAUGCACGAUGGUAUAACACGACCUAUAAGGCGGCUGCUACGGCGGUCGUAUCGCCGCCGAUACAAGUUUCCAACAAAGCGAAAAACAAGUAUUACAAACGCAAGAACGAAUUCAUCGAUCCUGCGCAAGAUGCAGAUGAACUCUACGUUACAAGCUAAGUUACAUUACGACGGUAAGCCGCAUCAGAAAAAGGUAUCCAUGUUUUUGAAUCAAAGCGUAAAGAAACAAAAGACCGAAGACGGCCAAGUUAGUAGCACGACCACCGACUGGCAAAACUAUUGUGAUGCCGUCGAAGAAGUCGCAAAAUCAAAAUCAGUACAGUCAAAUAGAUCCCAGCGGCCGAUUCGGGAUAGGAACGGCUUUUCAGGCGGAAGUGCAAUCUACACCGGCACAGCCGGCAGUACCUGACGGUACCAAUACGGUGCCUAAGCCAGCAACCGGCCCCAUCUACACACCACCUCCUUAUCCGACGCCGUUGCGUUGCGAUCUGUGCGGAGUUUCGGCUAAUCGGCAGGACCAAUUAGAAACGCACAAGCGUGGUGCUAGACACUUGCGAAUGCUCAGGAUGAACGGGUUGCCUGUCCCCGAGCCAGGCCAGUAUUAUUGUGCACCGUGCAAUGUAUCGUUAAACUCCGAGAGUACGUUUGCUCAGCAUAUGGAGAGCAAAAAACAUAAAAAUCAAUCGAAUCCAAAGUCUCCGUCGAACGCCGUGGUGGUAUCGAAGAAGGCUAGAUUCAAGAAGAAAUAAGGCUACGGGAGAUAUUCCGUUCAUGCUAUUUCUACGUCUCUGUCCAUUGUUUUCACUGAAACUCUUCUCUCAUUUUUCGAUUACGCAGAUGAUGUAUUGUCGUUGUAUCGCAGGCAACGUGCAACGAUCUGUGCCUAAAUAUAAAGAAUAAAACUCUUGUUCGAUAGCAGGGUGUGCCAGCGAGACUCUCGAAGAAGUCAGUAACCUCUUGAAAU